AUGCAGCCCAUAAAAUCGUUUUACUAUUUUGCGAAACUGUUCGGCCUUUGUCCGUACCCCCUGGAUGGGACAAUUCCGGUUGGGUCUCGGUUCCACUACAUCCGGUAUCUGCUGCCGACCUAUGUGGCCAUGCUGUUCUACACCUUCUGUCUGGUGAGCAUCUUCUGGCAGAGUGGCAACACCUCGGACAUUUCGAAUGCCGCCAAUUGGAUUCAGUUUGUACCGAACUCGUUUGCCUAUCUGUUUGCCCUGGUAUUCGCCAUUCGGAACCGUACAACCUCCAGCGAAAUACUGGCAACACUGACAAUGUGCGACGAAAAACUACGUACUCUAUUCGGGAUAUCCUACACGAUGCCAAACAUCAAAAUGAAACGUGUCUCCAUAUUGGUUUGCAUUGUUACCAUCACCUGUGGAGGAGCAAUGAGUGGCUUGAAUUAUAUGAUUGGCGUUAAUUUGAGUCGCAUUUGGACGCUUUUUUAUUGGCUGUCGUUCUGCAUGCCCAAGUUUGGUUUGCUGCUGUUGAAUUUCCAGUUCGCUGGCUGCAUAAUGUUCCUGUCCGAUCGAUCGGUGUUGCUACUCAAGGGGAUGAACAACUUUCCACUGGGAUCGGAACAGAAGCAGUUUAAAUCGAUGAAUCUAACGAGGAUGGACACCCAGAGUAAUUUGCACGAUAAUAAGUUGAAUCGAGUGACAACGCUGGCCAAUAUUAAAAUACGACCAAUUAGCCCGAUCGAGUCCAUUCAUAACGUUCGAGAGGUGGUUGAGCUGUUGCAGGACCUUGCAACCAAGAUCAAUGAUUGUUAUGGCAAACAGGCUAUCUUCUCGCUGCUUUCGGGCUUCAUCUGCGUAACCGUACAACUGUACUAUAUCCUAAACCACAUCAAGAAUGGAUUCAGUCAACCGAGAGCCGAAAUCUACGCCCUGGCAGCUUGCAGUGUGCUCUUCUUGCAUGGAGUCGAGUUUUGGUCUCUUUUUACCAGCGGAGAGAAUGUUCAACUCAAAUGGAAACGAGUCAUCAACUAUCUGUACUUUAUGAAAUCAAAAUCCAGCGAUGACGAGUAUCGAGCUAAGGCGGACGAUUUGAUUGCGUUUAUGUCCUACAAUCCCUUGGAGUUUGAAGCGUACGGUUUGUUCCCGAUCGAUCUAUCCGUUAUCUCAGGGAUUGCAUCGUCGAUUACCACCUAUCUGAUUGUAUUGAUUCAGUUCAAGAUAUCCGAAGAUCAAGCCAAUGGAGAUGAUGGAAAUCCCUAUGAUUCAGAAUCUGGCAUGUUGCAAUAUUCAGCCAGUUAA